AGGUCGCCGUUUCGCAAGACGCGACUUGGCUCCACCGACUAUAAGAGCAUCGGUAAUGCGACACGCGAGGCUCAGACAAAAUACAGAACUCAGAACGUGAUCAUGAAGUUUUCUUCUCCUCUUUUCUUUGGGCUUGUGGCUGUAUUUACAGCCUGGAGUCUUGCGGACGCUUACGUUGCUCGCGCAAAAGCCGAAGAUCGUGACGGAAAAUGUUUUUUCAACAACGUCACAAUCGAACAUGGCACUGCGCACCUCAGUGAGAACCCGUGCGAAUCGUGGAGGUGCGAUGCUACCACUUUGGAUAUUACCAUAUUCGGGUGCGGAGUCGUUGGGGUCGGAGAAGGUUGCAGGUUGAUCCCGGGUCAUGGCGUCUACCCAGAGUGCUGCCCACAACUCACUUGCGAAGUGAAGGAAGACUCGCACCUACACAACAGUACUGCCGAAGAGUCGAGCGAUGACUAAUACCUGUAAUUACGAACAAUACAGCCGAUCCCCAA